AUGAGCUCCACGGAGCACUUGGCAGCGGCCCGAGCCGCGGCGGCAAAGAUGGCAGCAAGAGCCGUGCUGGCUGGCAGGUCAGCAGCUGCUGCUGCACGCAGCGGCGGUCUCCUCAGGCAGACAUCCUCCAGCUUCCGCAACGACGUGGCUAACCGAGCCAUGGCUGUUGCAGCCCUGCGGGCUGCGCCCAAGCCAAGGGCUGAAACUCUCAGCGGAGGGCUGGAUCCUUCCACGACAGAAACGCAUGCAGAUGUUGCGGGCGAAUCGCGACUCACUGGCACCUGCACUGCCCGGCAGCUCGAAAGGACGCAUCCACAGCAAGGCAAUGACCCCACUGCGGCGGACUCUGAACGGGAUGAUGCGCGUAUCUGCGAAUGGGACAUCAAGGUCCAGCGCACCUUCAUCACGGUGGUACCCCGCUGUCCGCAGCUCACCCACACAGCAAGCGCCCCGGCUCGUCUGGACCGCCCGCGCCCACGGAGGCGGCGCCUGCGGCCAAGCCGGAGGCGACGCUGA